CAUACAAUGACAACAACAGCACAACACCAACAAUCACAAGCAAGCAUUGUGGAUGAUGACUCGAAUGCAUUGACAGACUAUGAAGCUGCAUUAUAUGAUCGAGGCAUUAGAGUAUGGGGUGUGGAUGCCCAGAACAGACUGCGUCGCUCAAGAGUACUGGUGGUUGGCUUGGGCGGCUUGAACUCUGAACUAGUAAAGAACAUCGCUUUGGCAGGUGUUGGUCAGAUCAACAUCAUUGAUCAUCACAUCGUUACCCAACAUGACAUUGGUCUGUUCAUCACAUCACAGUGCGUUGGUCAAACUAGAGCAGAGGCAUCAUUAGCAGGUAUUGCAGAACUCAAUCCUCUCAUUCAUGUUAGAGCUGAUACAUUGUCACUGGAUGCCAUCGAUAACGAAUAUGUUAAAGGCUUUACAUUGGUCUGCGUUGAUACAUUGGACUCUGCACUACAGCUACGUCUCAAUGUUCUAUGUAGGAUGAACAACAUUCCCUUCAUUCUCACUCAUUCAUUUGGAAUGCAAGCUUACUUCUUCUCUGAUCUCGGUCAGGUACUCUAUCAAUUCCAACAGUCACACAACAGACUUCCAGUGGCAACGUCAGAGAGUGACAUCAAGGAGCUGCUUAAGAUGCUGGAGGAUAACAACAAGAGAUACAAUAUCACGCCAGUCAACAAGAAUGCAGACAUUGUCACGAGUGCAAUGAGCCACUUGCACACUGAGAUUGCACCUGUGUGUGCCAUUGUUGGAGGAAUCGUUGGUCAAGAGAUAGUCAAGGUCAUUUGUCGAGACAAUGAGGUUCUAAACAACUUCUUCUUCUACGAUGCCCUGAAGGGAUCAGGACUUGUUGAGCCUGUAAACAUCCGAUCC